AUGCGGUUGUCCGGCAUCCAAUUCUCACGUCUUCCUCAUCAUGUCAUCCGGCGAUUCCGUUCCUCUGUCUCAGCCAGCCAGGACGAUGAUGUGUUCGCCAACAGCCUGCGCAAGACAGUAGACGCGCAUCGAUCCUCAAAUCGGGCUCGUCUCAUCCGCAAAACUUAUCCCCGUAGUCCAGCUCCAGGACUCUUCAGGCCGACAAUUCCUCCCGAAAACCGUCCGGGCUACCAGCUACCGGCGCCACCAGUGCUGGAGCCGUUCAAGCCCGUGCCCAAGAAGACGAAAAGCAAAAAACACUCGCGCCAGCGGAAACCAGAAUUGAACGCACAAUUGACGGAUGCCCGAAAGGAGACCUAUGCGAUUCGAAAGUCAACCUCAACACGCCUCGGUUGCCCCGAGCAAACCCCAUGGCUGAGCUACCUAGAGCUACCUGAGGGCAUUGGCGAUGCUUCCGCGCACCUCGACGCGGAGAUUCUCGCGUUGGACCGUUAUCUGAGCACAAGUCCCCGCGAGCAACACCAGAUCGACCAAGUGCGCUGGAAAUUAGUCUCAUUGCUCAAGCCAGUGGCCCCUCAUGCUCCCAAACUCAUUGGGUCCCGCGCUACAGGCCUAGCAUUGGCGCAUUCAGACCUCAGUCUCUUCCUUCCUUACGAAGAUUUUCCACCGACGCUCGACCAUGUCCGCAAGCCCCGUGUGACAAUUUCACAGAUCCAAGAUUCCUGUAUGCGUCUGCUCCAUAAAGUUGAAUCCGCUCUGCAGGAGGACCCGGCAUUUCACGGUCAAGUCCGCCUCAAUAGCAAAAACAAUCGUGCCGUUGAUGCUCAGCAUCGCCCAACAGGCUUAUCACUGCACGUUGUUUGCGGGGAACGUGUUCCAGCUAUAUCGGAAUAUCUCAAAGACUAUCUGGUCGAAUAUCCUGUUCUUCGGCCUCUGUAUACAUCACUCCGGGUCUUACUAGAGACACAGGGUCUCUAUGGAUCAUCACAAUCAGGAGUCGGAAUUGCGCCGAGCGCGUUGGCCUUGCUCGUGGUCGCCUUUUUGAAAAUGAACCACGGUCGUUUCCCAGGUUCUCAUCGCCUUGGCGACCAGCUACUCGCUCUUUUACAAUUCUAUAGCACUGGUGUUGACCUCCAGGCCUUUGGUGUUGCCGUUGAUCCUCCGAGCUUUUUCAAUGUUGAUAUUCUACGUCCAGUCCCUCAUCAGGAGACAGAGCCUGCAUAUCUCCGAGGCCAGCGCUCUCUUAUGGCUGCGAAACGCACUGCUGCAAUUAGAGGGAAUAUCUCCGCUAGUCGCAGGUUAUGCAUUCAAGACCCGACACAUUACAUGAAGGACCUAGGGCGUUCGUGUACUCAUACCGCCGAAUUACAGAGUGCCUUUGCAGCCGCAUAUCAACAGCUUCGUGCUGCUUGUGAUGCCUGGGACGGUCCACAGGAAAACACUUCCAUUCUCACCACUGCCCUACGUGCAAAUUUCGACGUCCUUGAGGACUUACGAAGCCAGAUCGUCUUCCCCGUAGACCCUCACUAA